AUCAGAAAAGUUGCUCCAGCAAUAGUGAAUUUAUCUCUUGGAAUUUUUGCUUUAAAAUAGUUUUAAUAGUUAUCCCAAAUUUAGCAAAGCGCUUUCACUUACAUCAAGGUGAUAGACACAUUAAGCGUAAAGACAUAAUGGCCGACCCAUGCUUCUAUUAUGACAAAGAUGGAUCAAUGUUCUUGUUUGUGUGGCUUGCCGCCUGCACUAUCGCAAUGGUGCCCUUGUCCUAUUUUGGAUGGCCGAAAGCGAUUCAAAAGAAUAAUGCUAAUACCGGGAACGGCAAGAAGAAGAACAAAUGCCGUUGUGGGGAAUGCAUCAAGAAGAACACGCGACUGGCCAAGGUCCAUCCGUUGCGACCCAUUCUGAUGUGGCUCCUUCGCACAGGCCUAGUGAUCGCAUGGAUCCUGUUGGGUGCCCUGGCCGUGCGAGGGCCGCUAAACAAGAUCGAGCCAGAGGUGAAGAACAUCUUCAACCCUUUUAGUAUACUAAAUUUGGAACCAGAUGCAUCGAAGGAGGAGAUCCGUCAGUCCUACCACCAGCUCUCGAUGAUUCUCCAUCCCGACAAGGUGACCGGCGACCAUGAAGCAUUCAUUCUGCUGACUAAAGCUUACGCAGCUCUCACCACCGACACUGGGUUGAAGAACUACCAGCUGUAUGGGCAUCCCGAUGGCCCAGAGGUGGCCACCUUUGCUAUAGCCCUGCCCGCAUGGCUUGUGGCUGUGGAGUAUCGGCUGUGGGUUCUGGGUCUCUACGCUUUGGUCCUUAUCGUUGCCUUGCCCCUGGGUGUGUCGUAUUGGUGGAAGAGUGCCAUGCGCUACUGGGGAAACGUGCUAGUGGCCACCAUCGAGCAGCAAUUUCUGUUACUAUCCCAAGCCAAUCAAUUGCGAGUGAGGAGCGCCCUGAUGCUGCUGUCUUGCAGCUAUGAAUUCAAUCACGAAUACAAUACGGAGAUGAUGAUACGCGAAUCGGACAACUUGGAGCUACGUGCUCUGUUUCGACAUCUGAAGAAUUUCGAUCCCACGACCAAGGAGUAUCCCUUCUGCCUGAAGUACGUGAUCAAGGCCAGGACCAUUCUCCACGCGCAUCUCUCGCGGCUGAACCUCAAGCCGGCUACGCUGGAACGCGAUCGCCAGCUAAUUGUGCGCCUAUGUCCGCACCUCAUCCAGGCAUUGCUCCAGUGCCUGAGUCAAGUGGCGCGGCUACGGCAUUGCCUGCAUUUCCCGCUCCAGACGAGCGUUGAGCACUUUGAGGUCGUCAUGAAGCUGCUGCCGAUGAUCGUCCAGGCGGUGUGGGAGGACAAGUCGCCGCUGUUGCAACUGCCGCAUAUCACCGAACAGCAUCUCAAUACGAUGAUCCGAAACGGCAAGAACAUGGCCAUCGCCAUCAACAGCAUGGAGCAUUUCGCUAGGCUGCCCUCUCGCGAGCGUCGCUCUCUGCUGCGCCCCCUCAAUGACUUUGAGUAUGCAAAUGCCAUGAAGGUGCUCGGCGGCAUGCCCCUGAUUGACUUGUCCGUCCACUGUGAGGUGCUGGACGAUUGGAAGUGCCAUGUGGUGACUGCUGGUGCCACUGUCACCGCCACCAUUACCAUCAGUCGUCAGGAUAUGCGGACAUUGAUCGAUAGCAACGUGGAAGCAUUCGCCGGGGAUAUGCAGCGCCACAACCGACGCAAUGGAAAGGGCAAGAAGAAAAGGCAUACAAAAGCCAGGAAACAACUGAAUGCCGUUGGAGAUCAUUGCCAGGAUCAUGCUGAAAAACAGGAUAACGAUGAUGACAAGGAAUGGGAGCGCGUCCAGUCAAAGUUUAAGCAGAAACUCCCCGUUCUAUUUCCAUCCAAGGAAUCGCACGCGGUCCACUGUCCCAUGUUUCCCGAUUCGAAGCAGGAGUACUGGUGGAUCUACAUCUGUGACCGACUCGAGCACUUGAUUAUCACACGAAUCACACACAUAAUGGAUCUCGUCAAUUCCAAAGAGAUUAAGCUGCAGUUCAAGGCUCCCCUGCUGCCCGGUGUCUAUACGUUUAUGGUUUGCAUGCGUUCCGACUCGUAUCUGGGUGUCGAUAAUUAUCACGAAUUUAAGCUGCGAGUCGAGGAGCCGGCACCCAUGCAGCUCAAUCAUACCCAGUAUCGUGGCUUGAACGAAGACUCCUCCGAUGCCGAUGGCGAUUCAGGGAAAACAACUGAUACUGAAAAUAUUUCAGACGAUAACCAGUCAUACCACAGUGCUGCCUCUUCCACCGAUGCUAACGAUGAUGAAGAUAAUGAUCAGGAUGCUCAGGAGGAAGAGCAGCAGGACACCCCUGUGGAGGGAGCUUUAUAGCCUGACCCUGCCCCUGUCCU